AUGGAAAUAAACAAGGAAAAUAUGCGCAAAGGCAGGCCUAUCACAAGAAUACCAUUGCCUGUUGAACCACUUCCGCCGUUACCCAAAUAUUUGAUCCAAUUUAAGGGAAUACCAAACAAAGAGAACCAUAAUGAAAGACAUCCAUUGAAGGCGAUAAACUCUGGCAAGCAGCCACAAUUAACAUUACCUGGUUCCAGCAAACAUGUAAAUUAUAUAAAACAACAUAAGAAUGUCUUGAAACUUGACACAAGAUUCGUAACACUAAGAUCAAAAGAUGAGGUAAAAACAGGUUUUAAUGUCUUCAAGGAUAAUAAAAGGAAAGACAGCAUUGUAGUUAUUAGCGAUGAAGAAGAUUCUGCGAAACCUUGUAAAGAAAGAAGAAAAAGUUGCGAUACAGCGGCAACGCCUGCGUUUAAGUCCACUUUGGAACCAUGUAGGGUAAAAAAUAUUAAGAGAAGUUUGAAAAGACCACAUAGUAGGGAGCUGCAAGGACUGUCUCCAGUAGCUAAGGAGAAGAAAGAAGAUGAAAAAGCUCGUCGUAGGUUGUAUUUUACAGAGUCGAUGCACGACAAACUUAAGUCACCGGACUAUUGGAAGAAAGCACAGAAGAGUAUUCAUCAAGUCUACGUGGCUGAUAUAUUCACGCAUCUUCUGGGAGUGGAGCAAAAGGUCGAGACGCCUAGGAUAUCAAGCGCAAUGAGAGCAUGCAUUAUUAAUUGGCUUAUGAAAGUUAAUGGCGCUCAUGGAAAUCCAGGGACUGUCCAAACAGCCUGUUGGUAUCUAGACUCCGUGCUGGCCACGGGUCAACUUCACGUGGACAAACUGCAGCUGAUAGCCGCAGCGUGCUACUGGAUAGCCAGCAAAUUCCACGGGCCUGGUCUCCACGCGUCUAAAUUAGUGAAAUGUUCCAACUACGCGUUCAAUACUCAAGGGCUGCUUUCUGCGGAGAAAGCGGUGUUAGAGAAAUUGAAGUUCCCUCGCCAGCCCGUUAUCCCUCAAGAGUUCAUCGCGUACUUAUCCUGGUGGUGUGACAGCCACAAUCCAGGGGAGAUAGAAAUCGGCGCGACCUUCAUCUGCAUGUGUGGAGUCCUGGCUGAUAAGCAGCAUUGCGGGGAAUUCCCUUCAGUGAUCGCUGUAGCGGCUGUGCAGAACGCACUUUUGCUUCUUGGCAAAGUAGAGCUGAUUCCACGCUUGGAAGAUUGCCCGUUGUUCAGAUCUAUCGAGAAGAAAGCAGAGAGUCUAUCUUACACAUGUUCUUUGCUACGUCGCGCCGUUCGGACCGUCGGAUCAAUAACAUUCGAAUAUAAAACGCCUUAUGAACACUACGGAGUACCACCUUUUUACUUCGCCCAGACAAUACUUUAUGCAGCCAAUGGAAAGGGGCCGUUUGUACCUGAAUCUUCUGACAAUAAGAAUAUUGUUACUUAGUUGAUUCGAAAUUCAAAUGUUUUAAAUUUUAUAUUUAUUUUGAUUAACUAUGUAUUUUAAUUUUUGUUUAACUUAUUAACUUUUUUUUAUUACGAGUAUGUUAACUGGCUAUUGAUAAAAUUAUUGCAUUAGUUUUAGAACAUGACAUAAUUUUACUGUAUUUAACUGAGAUAAUGUAUACGGAAUAAUUGACUGGAAUAAUAUGAGAACUGACUGACUUAUGGUGUAGGAAGUACUGACUAAUAAAUUUAUUAGAAUUAAAUGUAAUCUUUUCUAUAAAGUGGACAUUUUAAACCUAACAGAUAAA